AUGCCCCAACCGUACCUCCUGUGGGUCAACUCCCGGCCCAAGCCCGAGUCGGGGGUCGACGACGACCUCUGGGUGAGAUGGUAUACCCAAGAACAUGUCCCAGAUCUAGUCAACACCAAGACGGCCGUCCGAGCGGCCAUGUACCGCGAGACGUUUGACUUCCCGCUCGCGCCCAAAGAGCACCACCCCCGAAAAUACUUGGUCCUAUACCAGACGGAUAUCGAGGAACCGUUAAAGUCCAAGAACUAUCUCGACGGGGUGCGGCACUCCAGCGAGCUGUGGCAGGGCUCCCAACCGACCUCGGAGGUCGGCGACUUUCAUGCCCGGAAUUACAAGUUGAUCCAGGACUAUGACCCGGAUGGGCGGGGGGAAGUUGCUCCUCCGUUCUGCGUGACCGUCGAGAUGGACCCGGUCGACGAGGCCGACUUUCACAAAUGGUAUCAGGACGAACAUCUGGACAUGCUGCACAAAUUGCCUGGGUACCGGCGGUCGGCGAGGUACGUUAUCGGCCCCAAGACGGCGUUGAUGGAUGGAGAGCCCCCGAAGUAUUUGGCCGUGCAUGAACUGGAUGGGCUGGCGGGGAUGGAUAGUAAGGAAGCCGAGGCUGCGAACAGCACGCCCUGGACGGAGAAGCACAUCAGGGACAGUAAGGCGUUUGUCGCGAGAGCUUGGGAGUUGGUUUACUCUCAGGGGUUUUGA